CAACAGCCCGAGAAGCCGCCGCUGCCGCCUCGCAAUGAGUUCAUACACAAGUCAGCGCUCGCCGGAGCAAUCAUCUCCCCCCUAGCCAUGCUGCUCCCUCCCAGAAAGGCCGACAUCCGGCUGCUCGUGCUGAUGGGGACCUUUUCCCUCUGCACCAACCAGCUCGCCUACGAGUACACGGGGCAGUCCAUCUACGCACGCUUCGGCAGCCGCGUGGGCUCAAUAUUCGACACGGGGCUGCCGGAGGGCGCAAAGAGGACGCAGCAGCUGCUGAGGGAGCAGAGGGAGAGGGAGGCCGCGCAGAGACAGAGCCAGAGCCAGAGCCAGAAGGAACAGGGCAAAGGCGGCGUGCUCAAGGACGUCUGGAUGGGCGGCGAGGGGGAGGACUGGAAGGAGAGGAGGGCUCAAGAGCACAAGAAGGCGUUUGAGGAGGGCAAGGGCAUGAGCGAUAUCAUUUUCGAGCAGGUUGCCGAAGUCAUGAGUGGUAGCUGGAGGGGGAAGAAGGACGACUCAUCUUUGGAUGAUUCGCCGCAGGGGGAGAAGAAGAAAUAG